AUGAUACAUGUAUGUCCUUUUUUUCCCUUCGAAAUGACUCUGCAAAUAUGCUCCGUCAUAAAAUAUUGGGACGAUUUACUAACAUCUUUAACACGACUUUCUUUUGUUUCUCUAGUAAUCUUUCUGAAUGAAAAGAUUGUGUCUCUGAAUAAAAGAUACGACCAACUGAGGUCAGAUGAUAGCGUAAGGCGUUUGGACAGUGCACUUUCUACCAUCAAGGAGUUGAAUGAAAAGUUGCAAAAUUACGAGAAUAUCAUAAAGGAAAAGGAUUUCGUAAAUAAUGAGCUUAUUUUGGCCUAUGGUGAUGCCAAAAAGGACAAAGAAUCAAUUAAGGAGCACUAUUCGAAGCUACAGAGGAAAUACAACCAACUUCAAGAGGAAAUACAACUAAGUAGAAGAAGUAUGGAUGUUAUCAACGACCGUAUUCUAGAGUUACAAUUUGAAAAUAACAUUCUCAAUCAACGGCACAGGAAGUCUAAAAAUGCAUGA